AUGGUCUUAGAGAUCGUCUUUGGCGCGAUGUUCUUGUGGGUGCCGCCAGUGCUCCAAUACGCGGCCCAUAGAUGGACUGAUCCUGCACUGUUUGGCCUUCCCCACCGGCUCCGGCUGCCUCCUCUGUACCUUUUCGUGGCCGGCUUCGUGCCACCUCUCCUCCGCCGCCUCUACCGCCGAGCCCUGCACCGCUACCUCCGACGGCGACGCUUCUUCCACUCAGGGUCUCAUGGAUGCCGCCUCUGCUCCCACGGUCUCUGCCAGUAUGGUCGGCCUUCUGGUGGCGACAUAGGGUCGUUAUUCGGUACGGGCAAGCGGGAGGUGUCCCCUCAGGUGGGAAGGGCGCCCCAGAAGGCGACCACUGCCACGACCACGGCCACGGCUGCCUCGUUGACCACCUCGCCGGCGCCGCUGACUGCCUCCACUGCCAAUAUUGCUCUCAGUCCUCUCAAAUCAGUCCAUGGAGGCCGGGAUCUCGCAACAAACCCUGUCGAAGUCAUCAUGGCCACAAAAUAA